AUGCAGAUCAUAAGGGUCCCAUUCUAUGCUGCAGCUCAACUAAUACGAGCAGUCUCUGCAUCAUUCACACUUCGUGUAUUAUUGCAUCCAAUAAAACAUGUUGGCACCACAUCGCCUUCGGGGUCAAAUUUUCAAGCUUUAAUCAUGGAAAUAGUUGUCACGUUUUCAAUGAUGUUUAUCGCGUCGGCUGUGACAAUUGAUACUAAAGCUGUAGGAGAGCUAGCAGGCAUAGCUGUUGGUUCUGCUGUUUGCAUAACUUCAAUCUUGGCUGGACCAAUAUCAGGUGGAUCAAUGAACCCAGCAAGGACCAUAGGACCAGCACUUGCUAGUGCUCAGUACACUGGAAUUUGGGUGUAUGUGGUUGGACCUGUGAUAGGAACCUUGACGGGGGCAUGGUCUUACAAUCUGAUACGAAUGACAGACAAGCCGGUGCAUGCAAUCUCUCCGUGUUCAUUUUCAUUCAAACUUCGUCGAAUGAGAAGCCAAGUUGGAGAGGUUCCAAACGAAGAACCUGUCAAUGAUCUUUGA